AAAAGACACCAGCGCAUUCACACUGGAGAGAAACCGUAUCAGUGUUCACAGUGUGGAAAGAGUUUUAAUAUACAGAGUAAUCUUAAAAAACACCAGCGCAUUCACACUGGAGAGAAACUGUAUCAGUGCUCACAGUGUGGAAAGAGUUUUAAUGGACAGAGUGAUCUGAAAAGACACCAGCAAAUUCACACUGGAGAGAAACCGUAUCAGUGCUCACAAUGUGGAAAGAGUUUUAAUAGACAGAGCCAUCUCAAAAUACACCAGUGCAUUCACACUGGAGAGAAACCAUAUCAGUGCUCACAGUGUGGAAAGAGUUUUAAUCGAAAGAGUGUUCUCAAAAGACACCAGCACAUUCACACUGGAGAGAAACCAUAUCAGUGCUCACAGUGUGGAAAGAGUUUUAAUGGACAGAGUGAUCUGAAAAGACACCAGCACAUUCACACUGGAGAGAAACCAUAUCAGUGCUCACAGUGUGGAAAAAGUUUUAAUAGACAGAGUGCUCUCAAAGCACACAAGCGCAUUCACACUGGAGAGAAACCGUAUCAAUGCUCACAGUGUGGAAAGAGUUUUAAUAUACAGAGUGAUCUGAAAAGACACCAGAACAUUCACACCGGAGAGAAACCGUAUCAGUGCUCACAGUGUGAAAAGAAUUUUAAUAUACUGAGUCAUCUCAAAAUACAUCAGCGCAUUCACACUGGGGAGAAACCGUAUCAGUGCUCACAGUGUGGAAAGAGUUUUAAUGGACAGAGUAAUCUCAAAAAACACCAGCGCAUUCACACUGGACAGAAACCGUAUCAGUGCUCACAGUGUGGAAAGAGUUUUAAUGAACAGAGUGAUCUGAAAAGACACCAGCACAUUCACACUGGAGAGAAACCGUAUCAAUGUGAGUGUGGGAAGAGUUUUACUACGCAGGGUAAUCUCCAACGACACCAGCGCAUUCAUACAGGAGAGAAGCCAUAUCACUGCUCAGAGUGUGGGAAGAGUUUUUCUCAUCAGACUACACUUCAACAACACCAGCGUAUUCACACAGGAGAGAAGCCCUAUCACUGCUUAGAGUGUGGAAAGAGUUUUACUCAAAUUAGUUCCCUUAAAGUACACCAGCGUGUUCACACUGAAGAGAAGCCAUAUUACUGCUCAGUGUGUGGAAAGAGUUUUUCUCAUCAGACUACACUCCAACAACACAAGCGUAUUCACACAGGAGUGAAACCGUAUCACUGCUCAGAGUGUGGAAAGAGUUUUGCUGAACAUAGCACCCUUCAAAAACACCAGCGUAUUCACACAGGAGAGAAACCGUAUAACUGCACUGAGUGUGGAAAGAGUUUUACUCAAAGUAGUGCCCUUAAAGUACACCAGCGUAUUCACACAGGAGAGAAACCGUAUCACUGCUCACAGUGUGGAAAAAGUUUUACUCAAUGGAGUAAUCUCCAAGAACACCAGCGUAUUCACACAGGAGAGAAACCGUAUCACUGCUCAGAGUGUGGAAAGAGUUUUGCUCAAUGGGGUAACCUUCAAAACCACCAGCGUAUUCACACAGGAGAGAAACCAUAUCACUGCUCAGAGUGUGGAAAGAUUUUUAAUCAAAGUAGUGCCCUUAAAGUACACCAGCGUAUUCACACACUAGAGAAACCGUAUCACUGCUCAGAGUGUGGAAAGAUUUUUAAUCAAAGUACUGCCCUUAAAGUACACCAGCGUAUUCACACAGGAGAGAAACCGUAUCACUGCUCAGUGUGUGGAAAGAGUUUUGCUCAUGAAAAUAGUCUCAAACGGCAUCAGCGU